AUGGGAGAGGACAGCCUCUCAAUGAAAUUAUUAGAAACGAUUCAAGAAGGAGACGCUUCGUUUUAUGAUAUCAAAACACUUCAAAAUAUGAACAACAUUUCAUCCACAAGAGUCGGGGAGAUGCGGAAGAGCAUAUCAAUAUUGGAGGAAUGUGGAGUUGUCAAACAAAUAGCACAGAACACGGAAGAUGUGUACUAUUUAUUGGGAAAGAAGGACAACACACAACAAUCAAAAACUCCAUCGAAAACUCCGUCGAAGAAACAUCGACUGAGAGUGUCAAUCACGCAAUCGUCGAAAUAUAAGUUGAACGAAAAAACCACUGUUGAUGACUUGCCAUCACAGUUUCCAGAACUCCAGGCUCUCUAUGUCGAGUUGCAAUGUAAAGUGAAAAAGACAAAAGAAAAAAUGCUCAACGCGGAAAAGAAAGCCCGAGCGGCGACUUCGUGUGAAGGAAAGAACUUGAAUAAACUCACCAAAAAGUGGAAGGAGUUGUCGAGAGAUAUACUGACUACAAUCAAAAACAAUGGAGCAUGUAAGAAAGCGGAUGGAACAGCUUUCACUUUGGAAGAGUUGAUGAACUCGUUUGACAUACAGCCGGCAUUGUUGGGGUAUGAUAAGGAAAAUGAUGACUUUGUCGAUUAA